AUGGCGGACGGUGUCCCGUCGGAGACGGAGCUGGAUUUACAACCAGCUCCUGAACCAGAGCAUCCCACGGAACACAAUGCCCUGCCGCCACCAGACGUCAUCAUGACGGACUCCAUGAUAAAUAGCUUCAACGAGAAUAACACAGACGAUGAACACAAACUGGAUGAAGAUGGGAAACCAUUGGAAGCUGGGGACAGACCUGCUGGCACGAUGCUCAGCAUGGAGUACAGGACGCCGGAGAAGGGUUCUGGCAGUCAGGGUGGGAGCAGACCUGCUUCAGCGGGAAGUGCACACCUAAAAAGCCCUGGAAUGCCUGAUGUGACAGGGACAACAGGUUUCUACGGUGUAAGCCUGAAUCAAAUCCUUGCACUGAAAAACGGUGGAUCUGUUCUACAACAUUCCGUGGAUUACCUCUCAGAUGCCACUGCCAAAUCAAAAGAGCGGGAAGAAAAAAUAAGACAGAUGCGCGAGAAACAGGCCAAGGAACGCCAGCUACGGUUGGAGGAGUUCCGAGAAGCACAGCGGGCCUCGCAAGAGAAGCGUGAGAAACAACAAGAGGAACGACGGCGGCGGAUAGAAGAGUUGAAACGUCGGGAUGAGGAGAGACGCGUCGCUGUCGAGGAGCGACGAAAGAAACUGUUAGAGGCGGAGAAGGAGCGCCAAACCGUAUUAUUACGUAAAUCUCAAGAACGUGACGCCAAACUGGAACAUUUACGAACGACGAGAGGAUCUGGCCGUAUAUUCGCCUUCGGGAGCCGGACUCCACGUGAAAUUUGUGAGCCGCUAGAUCGGUCUCGGAGAUCAUCAUCACAUACCAGUCUUGUCCGACGGCCAUACGAUUAUGAAAGUGCACACGUACGAUCGCACCGACGGGCGGCGUCAGCUUCAAGUGCAUUGCGUCGACGAUACACGGCGUCCGACAAGCAUGGCGCUAGUCAAGAAAACUUGGCCCAGUCAACCUCUUUGCCCUCUAAGAGACUCUCUGCAUCGUGUAUGACUCUGACACGAAAACGAAGUGUAGAAAUUUCAACCUCGAAUCUGGCCCAUAGCGGAUCAAGCCCACGAGAAAAUUCAAGUUCACCUGGGGAUAGCAUAACACCCUUGCCUCUACGUCGUCACUCUCUCCCCUCCAAAACGCCCGAUCGGCUGAUGAUUUCACGUCACCGCAGUAGUUCCCUGCAGUCGGUAAUGGCGUUAGGGCGACGUCAACGUAGUUACUCCCUGCAAACCGUUCGUAGAGUUAGUAACUGUGACAGUAUCACAGUUUCACGGGCUGUACCACGUCGUCCACAAAGCAGCCAGUCGGAGACUGCGUCCAGUAAUACCAGUGAUAGCCCCGCUCGUAAGCCGCGACCGCGUAGCAUAGCGGGGACUUUACCGUCUGCAAGUCCAACAGCCGAGACGCGUCAAGGCCGAAGCUCAGAUAGGGGAAGGACAGCCACACGGUCAAGGUCGCAGGGUGCCGAGAAGCUGAAGGAGAAGGAGAAAGAGCGUGAACGCCAGGAGAAGGCCAAGAAGGAGAAUGAUGACAAAACGACCCCACCACCUCCUAAAGUCAACAUGAAGACGCUCGAUCGCCUGUCAGUGGCGAAGAAGCCGGCAAAGGAGGUCACUCCAACCAAGACUACCACUCAAAAGCACCACUUGGCCCUGGCACUAGACACCGGGCCCAUGAAAGCUAUGCCGGUACCUAUACUCAAGAAGAAAUCUGCUCCGACAGAAAAACGAGAAUCUCCCAUGCGUGAACUGCAGUCUCCUGCUAUGGAGGAAAAGAAAGAGGAAGCCGCCAAGAAGGAGGACUUGGUGGAGAAGAAGGAGGAGAGGAAAGAGGAGAAGAAGAAGGAGAAAAAGGAGGAAAAGAAGGAGGAGAAAAAGGAGGAAAAGAGGGAGGAAAAGAAGGAGAAAAAGGAAGAGAAGAAAGAAGACAGCCAGAAGUCAAAAGAGGAGGAGUACAAGGCUAAGCUGGCUGAGAAGAGGAGGCAGGCGCGUGAGAAGGCGGAGAGAGAGGCACAGGAGGAGAGGGAGAGGCAAGAGGAGAUCAGACUGAAAGAAGAAGAGCGGCAAAGGAAGGAGGAAGAGGAGGAACAGCGCCGUAUGGAAGAGCAGCUGCGCAUGAUGGAGGAGGCUAGGAAAGCUGAGGAGGAGAGGUUACUCAAGGCCAUCGAGGAACAGGAGCAGAAGGCCAAGGAAGAGGAAGAAAGGGCCGAGGCGGAGAAAAAAGCGAAAGAGGAAGCAGAAAUUAAGGCAAAAGAAGAUGCAGAACGUCAGGAGAAGGAACGCAUCGAGCGUAUGAAGAAGGAAGAGGAGGAGCGGUCGGAGAGGAAGAAGCGACUCGAGAUGAUCAUGAAACGGGUCAAGACAGACUCGCCUGAAACGGUACAAAAGGGAGAAGAGAAGCGCCCAUUCAGUCCAUCACCGCCAAGCAGGACACUCAGUCCUUCUCCUGCUGACGCCUCCCCCGAGGAGAAACCAGCAGCAGAGGAACCAGUGCCAGACGCGGCUGCCGUUAUGUCCACAUCAACGUCAUCACUACCAGGCGACGACAAGCCAAAAUUCAAAUCGGCCCUUUUACAAAACAUGCUCGAGAAACGCAGCAGUGGUGGUGAGGACAUGGAAAGGAAAUUCAAAUCUCCUUUAUUGGCGUCGAUGAUGUCGAAACGCACGGCGAAAAAAGACGACGAAGAUAAAUCUGGUGGAUCUAGUCCCACGCAUGAGUCUGAGCGGGCAAAAGAUGGGUCAACGGAGGACUUGGAAGAGAAAGAGUCGCUAAAAAGUCCUGAUGAGGACAAGGACGUUGAUACCGCAUUCGAUAGUGCCACGGCCGCAUCCAAGAAAGAUGCGCCAAAUCCUAUUAGUGAUAGUGACUCGUCGUCUAGCUUGUCCAAUCAAAUGUCCGAGACUGCUAUAAAUGACAGUGUAAACGCGACUGUGACGCCCCCUAGUGUGACUCUGCUAAACGGCGGGGGGGACGAGACCAAAUCGGUGACUGUGAAUGGAAUAAAGGAUGAUUAUGUAGUGGAUAAUCCUGCCGUCAUAGAUACUAGUCUUUCACAUAAACUGAACCAAUCAAGCCAGCCGCCCCUUGCAGACGACAUGAUUGGCUCGACCACAUCCAAUGACUUUGAGGAAGUUAUCGAUCUCUCCAAUAGUAAUAUCGCCGCCGAUAUUCAACAAAACACGCAAUUGGACGCGGAUCUUCUCAAUUCGAACAUGGAGGCGCUGACGUCGACGACGGACCACCCGACGCCGUUGAUCGCCUUCGAAGACAACGCUGCUUUCAAACAGGAGACGGCAGGUACUGAUCUGAGAUUUCUGGGUUUUGAUGCGCCACCUGUGUCAGAAAAGAUCUGUUGUCAUGAAGAGCCAUGUCUUUGUAUGCAAGGGAAAUCCAGCCCAAUGAGGCCUAGUGUUAUUGAUUUGGAAAAUGCUAACGCGCCCAAUGACAAUAUGGCGUCGGACGCAUCACAUAAUACUACACAGGCUGCUUGUGGCAAUGCCUCGGACAGCAACCAGUUGCCCGAAAUCGACAUGCUUUGGGCGAACGUAGAAACUGUGAUGCAACAGAAGGAAGGGAGCGUGUUGAGCUCCCUGGGCGUUCAAGGUCGGGCGUCUGACGCUACAACUCCAGACAGUACGAAUGAAGAAGAGCAAUUAUGGCAAAAAGUCGAAGUGGGGAAUUCAUCUUAACAAUUUCGAAACAUAACAAGGAUUCCGGGUUUUUUAAUUGCCGUGAAAGUUCGGCCUCUUCUUCACGUUAGAGGAUGUUACAUCACAGUGUCUGAACCUUAGGCAUUUUAUCACGAUUUGCUCAGGUAUACUCAAUGCUCAUCAGCUUUACCUAACAACCUAAUCGGCUGGUAGGGUUACAACUAAUUUAUAAUACAUUGUGUUAAUGCGUUUUUAUAGCCAGAAUAUUUGCCAUAUUUUUUCAUAUCAAAAUGUUUUGUUACUAAUAUUAUUACGCGAGUCUUUUUAUACUGGUAAUACUUUGCUGUUAUCCAAAUUUUAUAAUGGAUCACGAUGACCCAGAUAAACAGUCCGAUAAGGUAGCUUUUUUCUGGGUUAUCCUGUAUAUCUGCUUUAAAGAAAUUUCCAUGCGGCCAAGCAUUCCUGAUGCAACUAGAAUAAACCAAGUGAGGACUUUUAUUUAGAUAGUUUUUCACUUCAGAAAAUAUGUUGCCAUGAUCAAAACGUUGUACUCUAACUCAAUUGAAUAAGAAAAGAAAACAUCAAAAGUUACCCUGUUUAUUUUCACUUUAAAUUUUUCAAAAAAUGAUUUUUCUAUCAAAAGUUACUCUGUUUAUUGUCACUUGUUUAUGAUUCCAUUGAAAAUUUGUCAAAAAACAAUCCACUUGUAAUUUUUCCAAAAAAUGAUUUUGCCAUCAAAAGAUACCCUGUAUACUGUCACUUGUUUACAAUUCCGAAGAAAAUUUUUCAAAAAACAAUUUUUCAAAGAAGUUUUUUUUAAAGAGUUUCAAAAAAAAUUUUCGAUUUUCCCCUCAGUUGGCCUCUGGGUUCUCGUUAGGUAAACUGAGCAGCAACGAGCACCUGACAAGUCACGUGAUGCAUUUCUAUCUGCAUUCUCUUGGAGGAGUACCCUUACCGAGGUCUACGCUUUAGAGUUGCUCCGUUCAAAUGGAGGAGUACCCCCGUUAGUAUAGGGCAUUGUAUCAUCUGUGUAAGAGACGAGUACCUCCAAAAUAGCUAAUCAUAUGGGAAAGAAAAGAGUACCACUAAUUAUAUAAGGUGGGUUCUCUUGUGCUUCUUGAGAUUGAAAAGAUCUCGACUCUUUUUCAUGGUUGGGUACUCUCAGAUAUGCUUCAUGUUAUGCCUAAUAGUAGGGUACUCUCCAGUUAGUUCAUGGUACAGAUAGGGUACUCUUUGAUAUCCUUCAUGUUUGGGUACUCUCCAUAAUACCUACAUAGUCUAGAGUACUCUCUAGUAUGCCUAAUAGUAGGGUACUCUUCUGGUGUGCUUCAAACGCUAACUCAAUAAAUGGAUCUAUAUCAUCGCUUGGAAAUCGGUGUGCAAGGGUUAAGGAUAUGAAAUUCUAGGAUAUGAAAUUCUCAAGAUUGGACUUGUAUGCUUGAAGCUGACUCGCAUGUACAGUGGGACACUAUUUAUUCAACAAGGAUGUGUUAAAGCUGAACAAACUGAACUGCACAUCCUGGUAUCAGUUCGUGUAUUUGAUAAGUGUGUAAAGAGGAGUUCGUCUCAACCACCAGCGAGUGUGUGCAGAUCUGAGGUGCACUUCUUGGUGUACUUUACCAAAAAAUACCGACCAGAGCUUCAGGGGUGAAGUUGAGCCAGUUCAGCUUUAAGAGACUGCAAUGGAUGUGCAUAAUGUAAAUAGACAUAAGAAUUGAUGUGCAUCUUCAGGCAGUUGCUGUAUAUACCAUACUGUUUUAUUCUGUGUCACACGAGAGGCUGUUGUUUCUGAAAUGUGUGUGUAUCAAUGGAUGGCUGUGUCUGCUUCUAAUCGAAUGCUGUAGAACAUGCUAACUUUGCCACCCUGGGGGAACUUGGCAGCCACCUGAAAUACCUGCUGAAGGGCGGUUGAUGGUGUUAUCGGAGAGUCUGUUGUGAUGAAAGGACUUUCCAGAUGAUCAUUUUGAUGGCACCCCUUAUCCGUCUGCCAGUAGAUAUUUCAAGUGGUGGUAGGCAAUCUCUCCCCUCAGGUGGCAAAGUUGGCAUGUUUUACAGUAUUGUAAACCUUAUUUUCUCUACUUGACAGAUUUAUGCCAUAUUCAUGAGAAGGGGUUAACACAAACUAUGUUCAGGUCAAUGGUUUAGUUAUUGCAAAAUGCACCCAUUUGUUUGGGCAAUGAAUACAAAGGGUUAACUGUAGCUGUGUAAUUCUCAAAGAGACUAACUCGAAAUGUAUUAUCGUUGGUUAAUUUGGUCUUAUUCAUGAUAAUUUACGAGUAUUUCUUGAGAUUUUGAUACAGCAGUGAUUCAAGUGUUGUUUUCUAAACGUCUGGGGCGGGGUUGUCUACCGAUAGCCAUGAGAUGAUUCAUUUAAGGUUUCAUUUUCCCAAGCUUCAAAUAUAUUGUUUUUGUGUCUGUAGAUGUUUUAAAUAUUUGUGUCACUUGGUCACUUUUCCGAAAUAAGUCAAAAUGCCUCUUCAUAGAUAUAACUGGGUUUUCCUGUUCAUCCCGAUGUAUUGCAAGGUGUACAAGUUCAUUCAAAAACCUUAGAUCAAUUAAAAUAUUUCCUGUAUGUUAUUGCUAUUUACUAUUUCGGAAACACCCUGUACGGUUUCCUGAAGUGGUACUCUCUCACACAAUUAUAACAAAUAAUUAUGACUUUGUCAGGUAGAUAAUAUUCACACUGGACUUUCUGUUGAGAAUGCGUAAUAUACACUGAUUGGAGAAAUUAUAACAUUCUCGUUGACUGGGAGCAAAUUUUGUUGAAAGAAUUUGGAUUGUUUGCGCUGCCCGUCAGAUUGCUUCGUAGGUUUAAAAUUUGGCUGAUUUCACAAAUGCGUUUUAGCCAAAACUGUAUUUGUGACUCGCUCUACCAAAACUAGGUGCUUGUCGCAUCUGAACUUGACAGGUUGAUACGGACUUG